UGUUGGAGGAGGAGCUUGGUCGUUCUUCAGAAGCACAUCACUCCUCUCAGCUCUUGGUCAAACUUGGACGCUGUCAUGGGCAGAGAUAGCCAUCUGGGGUUGAACUGCCUCCUGUUACCUGCUGUCCAGAAUGGCAUAUCUUAAAGCCCUACUGCUGGAUGUUUAUCAUAUUUUAUUACCUCCUCGUUCGUCUGGCCGGCUUCUUCAGCCCCCUUCAUCCUUUCAUCCCUGCAUAAUUGGGAGGAGUAGCAGGCUUUUGGAUGUGUCAGAAUACAGAAUGUGUUAGUAGUGGACAGGCUCCCUGAGUCAUCCUUAUUACUAUUAUUUUUUGAACAAAAGCCUUGUCCAAUUGGUCUUAAACUAUCUGUAAAUGUAUGCAUGCUAGCUUGUGGUUUGUAGACGAGCUUCCUGGCUUUUCUGUGUGUGUGUGUGUGUGUGUGUGUGUGUGUGUGUGUUUGUGUGUGUUUGUACUCUCUGUGGCCGUGUAUGUUUGCCAGGUCGUGUCACUUUCCACUGGUGCUUAAGUCAUGCCUCGGAGACCGGAUGUCAGCAGCAGCUGUUGCUUGCCAGUUCACCUGAACGAGGACAAUGCCCGCUUCGGCCUGCUGGCGGCGCUCAUCCUGCUCUACCUGUUGUGUGGGGCUCUUGUGUUUUCUGCCCUGGAGCGGCCCUCUGAGCUGCAGGCUCACCAGCAGUGGCAGGAACAGCUGGACAACUUCACCCAGCAGCACAGGCUGAGUCUGCACAGUCUGCAGGUGCUGCUGAGGCAGUAUGAGGAGGCCUUCGUCACGGGGAUUCGGGUGGACCCUCUGAGACCCCGCUGGGACUUCUCUGGGGCCUUCUAUUUCGUUGGCACAGUGAUUUCCACGAUAGGCUUUGGCAUGACCACACCUGCCACCGUUGGCGGUAAAGUCUUUCUGAUAUUCUACGGACUCAUCGGCUGUGCUGCGACUAUUCUGUUCUUCAACCUCUUCUUGGAGCGCAUUAUCACUAUGCUGGCGUACAUCAUGCGCUGGUGUCACGAGAGGCAGCUGCGACGGGCCGGCGUUGGGGGAGUGGAGGCCCGUGGUGAGGAUGACAGCCUGGAGGGCUGGAAACCGUCUGUGUAUUAUGUGAUGCUGAUUCUGGGCAUCGCUGCAUUGUUGAUUGCUUGCUGCGCCUCGGCGCUCUACUCCACCAUGGAGGAAUGGGACUACUUUGAUGCUCUGUACUUCUGUUUCGUAGCCUUUAGCACUAUUGGCUUUGGUGAUUUGGUGAGCAGCCAGAGGGAGAGCUAUAAGGCUCAGGAGGCCUACAGGGUAGGCAACUGCCUCUUCAUCCUCAUGGGCGUCUGCUGCAUCUACUCGCUCUUUAACGUCAUCUCCAUCAUCAUCAAGCAGACGCUGAACUGGAUCCUGGGUAGGCUGGACUGCAGCAGGAUGCAGUGCCCGUGUCGAGGUCGCUCCUACAGGAGGCAGGGCCGGGGCUGCUGCGGCUGCUGCUGCUGCCCCUGCCUGCCCGGUCAGCGCCGCAGCCAACACCCCCUGCCCAGCCACCCCCGGCAGAGAGUGCAAAAACGCAACGCUGUGCACCCUGCCCCUGCUAAUGAGGCAGCGAGAAAGCAGCGUUUCACUAAUGCAUCAGUGGAAACAGUGUGCGACAGUGAGACUGAUGCUGGCCCGGGGCCAGAUGGAGGUUAUCUAACAGGGCGCAGACUGUCUGGAGAAAUGAUCUCAGUUAAUGACUUUAUGGCCAACAAGGUUUCUCUAGCAAUUCUGCAGAAGCAGCUCUCUGAGACGGCCCACGGAAACCCAAGACAGAGCCACAUUCGCCAGAAUGGCUUCUCUGGAGGGGUGGGGGCGUUUGCUAUCAUGAAUAAUCGCCUACAAGAGACCAGUGUGGACAGGUAGUUCAUUCUUUAGAAUAGAAGGGGACUGCCAGGACAUUAUAGCCAGUGACCCAGUGACCAGUAUCAGCCAAUAUAGUUUUGAGGCCUUAAUAGAAGUGUACAGAGAAAAACAGAGAGAAUUUAAACCAUGAAUAUGCCAAUUUAGUGGCAUGCAUUAUAAAUUGUCUAAUACUUGAUUAUGCAUCCUCUUGCAUUAAUAACAUUGCACCAAUCCUGUCAGGCAAGGAUUACAGUACAGCUUUAAAAAGCAGAGAAGAGGUGUGCCAAGACCAGGAUCGAGAAACACUUAAUCCCCCAAUUUACACGGCCAAUUACCCAACCCACUCAUUAGGACUCCCCCUAUCACUAGUGUAAUAUCCUACGGUGGCGUGUAGCAAUAAUCACACUGGUGCCGUUUUUUUUGUUUCGUGCCCUUUAUUCUCCAACGCUAACACAACAGCUUCUACACAUGAACUCCCCUCUGUAGCUUGUGUCUCUCUAUUUAUAUCCCUGUAGAUAUAUCACUAUACUGAGAAGGUAGCUCCCCCUAGAGGCGUUAACCAUAAAUGUUAAGACAUGUCAUUCAGUCUACCACAUCCCUCCCCUCUAG